CGCACCCUUCCUUCAUUCUACGUCGACCGAUUCGAGCAUCACUCAUCAUGAGCGCUUCCGUGGACCCGCAAGAUACGAGGUUCCUAAAAUCUCACACAGAGCGCGUGAGGCGGUCGAUCGACGUCUUCUGUUCUCGCCUACAAGACAUGGCCGCUGAGUUGGAUUCCCUGGCCUCCCUCAAGUCUACUGUUACGGACCAGUUCACAACGCUCGAUCAGUCGAGCAUCGAUGAUCACCGAAUGCGACUCCCUGCCGUUACUGAUGGUGAACGCGACCGGGUCCAGGCUUAUUAUAACGCCGCGAGGGAAGCCACCGCUGCAUUGAGGAAGGCCGACCUCUUUGGGUGCGGUAUAGUCUCCCAAGCGCAAUCCUCCCUUUCGGAGAUCCAGCAUGACGUAGGCUUCCUCUGGGGGUUCGUCCGCGUCGCCAAAUUCCACGAGGAAAUUUCCGGGCGUGUCGAAAAUCUGAUAGACAGGCACAACAACACAUCUCGCCAUUCUACCUACGUCCCAAAGGUAUUUCUAGAAGAGGUCAAAGAAGUACAAGAAAAGCUCGAGACUUUCGGGGAUAGCUGGAUGUUAUCAGAAUGUUGGACUACCAGGUUGGACAAUGAGUCCCUUUGGGGGAGACACAGGGGGUUACGGAACAAGAUGCAGAAUAUCGAGAUUAGCUUGCUCUCCUUUGAGGACCGGCUUUACCUUUUGAAAAGGGAGAUAUUGGCUGGUCAGCGGAAGAAAUCAGGGUGA